AGGAGCAAGUUUGGGAAACCUUAUAGGCUAGUAUCCACCGUGUGACAAUGUGCUAUCAAGGCCGGCCCUAAAAAUUGAGUGCCCUGGGUCUAUUUUCGUCAGCUAUUUGGUAAUAGCUCAGUAGUCGGGACAGGGCAUCGUCUGACUCUAUCGUUGAGAGACAUGGACCAGCCGCGUACGGGACACACUUCAUUGACUAAUUUUAAUUGUUAAUACUGAUGCUCUGAAUGCGAAAACAAUCAAACUGCGGCUCUAUUGGACUUCAAGCGAUAGAUUGGGAUGCGAAAUUGUGCGGUUCUCAUUGGAAUGCGGUCAUCUUUGGAAUAAACAAACGCAUGUGAUGCUAAGGCGCAUCUGCACUGCUGCCAAGAAUAAUAAGACUAUUUGACUGUGGGGAGUUUUCUUGUCAUUUGAUUGCUAAUAAUCCAUCCAGUUGGAUUGUCAAAAACCUAUGAAACGAUUUGAAGGUCGCCUUCGAUUUGAGAUGCUGGCGAUUAACUGCGCUUUAAUUGUAGCGUUCAUGCACAGCGGGACAGCCUCCAGGUGUGUAGACCAUGCCUGCAGUCCUCCCAUAGGCAACCUGGCCAGUGGUAGGACCCUCACCACCCUCUCAGGCUGCUGUGGGAAUGGGUCCCAGCACUCCCCAUGCCCCACUCCCCUCCACACCUGUCCAGAUCAUCUCCACCCUCCUGCCCACAUGGUGGAUGAUCCCUUCCUACACCCAGACACCUGGUGGGGCUCGGGCGUGGGCACUGACCAGGAGGAGGAGGUCCGUCUGGACCUGGAGACCCGUUUCUGUCUGACCCAUGUGGUGCUGCUGUUCCAGUCACCCAGGCCCGCUGCCAUGGCCAUGGAACGCUCGCAGGACUUCGGCCGGACGUGGGAUACACUCAAGCUGUUUGCACAGAACUGCAGUCUGGCGUUUGGUCUUCCUGAUGACACCAGUCAGCAUGGCUCGCGGUGUACGUCCCGGUACUCCAGUGCCAAGCCGUGCAGCAGGGGAGAGGUGAUAUUUCGGACUCUGGGUCCUGGUGGAUUAGUUGACCCCUACAGUCCAGAGGGCCUUUCCCAGCUGACCCUCACCAACCUCCGCCUCAGACUUCUCAAGGCUCAGACCUGCCCAUUAUCUGUUGCGUCUUCCACCACUUCUUCCUCCAUCAGACUCUUCAAACCUCCUGCGGACCUGAAUCUUCCCCUUCUCCCUCCCCCCCAGCCCAGCUCAGAGGCCCCUGCCUCAGCCCCAUUUGCCAUUUACACUCUUCUGGCUCGGGGGACCUGUCUCUGUCAUGGCCAUGCAGAACACUGCUUACCCCACAGAGGUGGACAGGACACACUGAAGGACAUGGUGGCUGGCAGGUGUGUGUGCACUCACCACACAGCAGGAGAACACUGUGAAAGGUGUGGCCCACUCUACAAUGACCAGUCCUGGAAGCCAGCCAAUGGCAGCAGUGGGGAGCCACACCCGUGUCAUAAGUGUGAGUGUCACGGCCAUGCAGAGAGCUGUCAUUUCUCCAAGAGGGCAUGGCUGUCCUUGGAGGGCACCAGUGGGGGUGUCUGUGACGACUGCCAACACAAUACAGCUGGGCGCAGGUGCCAGCGCUGUCGCCACGGUUACCACCGCCAACCAGCCAUGCCCCUCAACUCCCCCCACAUCUGCACACGUUGUUGGUGUGACCCACUGGGCUCAUUACCAGCCAUCUCUGGGGAGGAGGGCCGAUGGUGCCACCCCAGGAGUGGACAGUGCCAUUGCAGACCUGGUGUGGGGGGAACAGGCUGCAACCACUGCCUCCCUGGAUACUGGGGCUUUGGGGGAGAGGGGUGCAAACCCUGUGCUUGUCCCCAAAACUGUGACCCCCACACUGGGCUCUGCCUGGACAGCUAUGCAAAUAACCAGGUUUUAAAUAUACCUAUGGGAGGCAAGAUUCUUGCCAUGGACCAUGCCUUGACCACUGAGGGUGAGCCAGUGUGGUCAAAGCAACUGGCAGUCUCUUCCCUGCACUACACAGGGAAAUGCAGUUGUAAGGAGAGAAAGUUGAGGAGUGUCUCAGAUCUCUGCAAGACCAAAUAUGCCUAUGUGAUCAAAGCCAGUGUGUUGUCAGCUCAUGACAAGGGGAGCCACGCAGAGGUACAGGUCAAAGUUCGCAAGGUCCUGCGUUCAGGACAGGUGCCUCUCUCCCAGGGCACCCACAGUAUCUACCCCCUCUCCUGGACUAGCCAGGGGUGCACCUGCCCCAUCCUUAAUCCAGGUGUGGAGUACCUACUGGCGGGUCCAGAGGAGGUAGAGACAGAGCGGCUGCUGGUCACCAUGCAGAGUGUGGUGGUUCCCUGGACCCCUCAACUGGGGACCCACAUAUCGGAGGGCCUAAGGCAGGGCUGCCCAGAACACCCUCUCCAAACCCAUAACAGAGCAAUUUGAAAGGCAAUUGGGGGUUGUAUCACUGGUUCAAUAGAUAAUUCAGGAAAGGGACUGAAAGUCAGUGGAAAAGGCUUGACCGAGUGUCUUGACCAAUGACGGCUAUGGAAAAUCUUCCCCCUAAAAGACUACAACCCUGCCAUAUGAUGCAAAGAGGACUGACUGGAAUCUUUUGAGCCAUUCAUGUGAAGAUGAUUUAACUUGGGGGAAAUACCACACACAAACAUUUUUUAAAAAAAAGCAUCCUUCUGGAAUCCAAUGAAUGUUUGGGUAGUCAUAUUUGAGCCAUUAUAUUCUGCAAGCCAGUGUUAACUAUCAGACACAACAAACCCGGGUAUACAAGCUUUACAGACAUUACAUGCCUUUAAUGAUAACAUCAAAAUGCCUACUAGGUUCUAUAACAAUAUAUUACAGUCCAGUCUCUGCUUUUAGUGUACUAUAUAUUUAUCAGUAUCCAAUUCCAAUCAUUUAGUGUUCCAAUUAAAAUGCUAAAAAUACACCUACUUAAAUAUUGAGGCACACAAGAGAGUGCACUGCUCUAGUCAGCAGCCUUCUUGGUGGGGGGUUUCCCAGGUCAGGCCACACUCCAUUUUCUUUUCUAUUGUUCUUCAUGUCUCUCUUCAGCGUAGUGCAAUCGCAGGGUGCAGGUCUGGUGGUAAUCUAAGUCUACACAUGUCCCAGCCAUCGCCAUCGCCAUCUUCUUUUCCCGCAACAAAUAGGGCUUACAAAGUACAUCAAAAGAUAAACCUGAGAAACUUAAGUGUUACGAAAAUGUAGCUAAUAUCUUAAUCCAAGGCUGUGUGUGUGGUGCAGUUUUACCAAAGAAUAAACUCAGGAUCCCUGAGGAAGAAUCACUUUCAAAGCAUCAUGGGCCAGUUGUAUAUAUGAAUAGGUAGCUUCAUUUGUGUUUGAAGGAUUUAAACAUAAGAUUAGAAAGGUGUGAAAGAGGGAAUGAGACAUGGUUCAGUAUUAACUUUA